UAGGUUAGAAUUUGUUUGAGUGUUCAGCCAAUGUUCAACGCAGCGAAGUGUGUGUUUUUCUCCUUCAUGUGAGAUGUGUUUCCUAUUUUAAAUUCUCAUGAUUAUCUCCGGUAAAAUGUUAGUUUUCUUUACGACCUGAAAUUUUACACUCUGCACAGCUUUUUCUUUUUUCAAAAUUUUCUACCGGAGCCAUCGCUGAUGGGAGCUGUUUCCGAUCAAAUUGUAAAAUUUGUUUACUACUUAAGCAGUGUCUCCAUGUCAAUUGGUAUUCCUACCAUGCAUCCAUGGAUUAUGCUCAGAUGAUUUAUUUAGUAUGCAGACAGUAAUCUAGAGAUACAAGAUGAAGAGUUCAUUUGCGAGUGUCGAGAACUCUUGUUUGGAGAACACAAUCAGCACUAUUUUGGAACAUCUCGGACGCAAGAAGGAGAGCUACCCUGGGAAAUAUCUCAGCAGGGACCAUAUCUCUGGAAAUCUUCUUUUUCCUUUUUCUGCAACCCAGAAACCACCUACCCUAGCAGAAAUCUCAAGGAAAGCAGAGACAGAGGUUCUGGCGAUUGAUGAUGUCACGACGGAUCAUAAUUCAAAGAUUUUUAAAGUUUUCUUAAACCAAAGUAUUGUUUUUCAAACAACAUUAGAAACAGUUGCUGACUGUGCAGAAACUUAUGGCGCAAAUUUUUCAGUUGGAUUAAAAUUUCAGAUCACAAAUCUGAACCAACCCUUUGAAGAAUCAGACCACCUAUCUCUCUAUCGCUUGUAUUUGAGCUCUGAUGUUUUAAGAAGCUUUUCUUUGUUCGUUGAAGCUGGGAAAAAUGUGUAUGAAAAUUCUAAUAGGAGGCAUGAAGAUUGCGAAUUAAAGAAUAUUUUGGUAUGCAGUCAUCAGACCAGGAUACGGAGAUGUAGUCAGACCAUUCACGUUGUAUGCCGAACAGAAGUAAAUCAAUUGAAUGGCAAGAAAAACUUAGAUAUUAGUUAUGCAGCUUAUAAAAUACUCAGGGAAAAAGAUGUCAAGAGAGAUGAUGAGUUUAAGAAUGAUGAUAGUUCAAAAAUUUCAAGAAUCGUCGACGCUUGUAUAUCUUUUGAUCUCUUAACGACCAAACUUAGUAUGCCUGUUUAUCUGAACAUUGAUGCUGAUCGUAUUACAUCUCGAAAUCCGUCCACCAAAGGUGCUGUUUUUGUUUUUUAUACGUAUGCCCGGUUGACGGCAAUACUGCAGAAAUUUGACGAAUUUGUAAAGGAAAAAAGUUUAGAGGUACCACCCAUCUCUGAAACAGAUUUCUCACUUCUGACAAGCUCUGAUGAAAAAGUGAUAUUUUACAAUUAUAUUCUGAUGUUUCCAGUGUUGAUGAAAGAAAUUUGGUCAGAACUUGCUAAUAGAGAGGAAUUUCAUGUCCACAAGCUUUAUCUGUUCCUAGCCCAGUUUUCUUCCACCAUCAGUAAAUACUACAGGAGCACUCGAGUUUUAAUGACUCAAACUUCCAAAUUGUAUCCUUCCAUGUUCGCCCGUAUUUACCUUGUACGCGCAGCUCUUCAAGUUCUCCGAAACGGUCUCAAUUGCUUGAAUAUGGAACCAGUGUCUGAAAUGUAGCUGCUUCAACCUUUUUGAAGCACCAAUUUUGUAUUGCUUGUGUAUAAAAAUGUGAUUGUGAUAAUCGCCAGAACCGUACUGGUAAAAAUAUUAUAUUUCAAUUUUGUUUUUAUUUUUAUAAUAGAUGUUUGCUUUUUUUUAUCAA